AUGAAUUUUGAACCAACUGAUUAUAUACAGCAUUUGAAUCUUGACUUGGAUUCAGUUGUGUCUCCAACUAUGACUCAACAACAAUUGGAACAUGAAUUGGAUUUAUUUUCACAAGCUCAUGAUUUCUUUUCACUUGAUGUAUUGGGUAAAGAUAAUAUAGUCCCUAUUAAACAAGAAGUCCCACAAGACUUGUCUUUCUUUAAAUUUGAUGUGCAUCAAGGACCACAACAAACCGUUUCCAAUGAAGUUACGCAACAACCACCAAAAAGACAAAAGAGAUCAAUUUCUGAAUUCAGUCCAAUACCUGAAACUCCAUCUGAAUAUGUUGCUUGUGAAGCUGCUGUUGAAGAUAAGAGAAAGAGAAAUACUGCAGCUUCAGCUAGAUUUAGAAUUAAGAAGAAACUUAAAGAACAAGAAAUGGAACGUAAAUCCAAAGAAUUAGAAGAAAGAGUGAUAUUCUUAGAAAAGAAGUUAAAACAAGUUGAGAUGGAAAAUAAAUAUCUUAAGAAUAUGGUUUUACAACAAAAUGAACAAAAGAAUAAUGAUUUAUUAGAAAGUAUUAAGAAGAGAAGUAUAUUGGAUUCAAAUCCAGUAUUUCAAUAUACUAAUUAA